UCAAGCGCUGCGUGUUUACAUCACUUUUCUCUCUUUGGUGUUUGUAAACUUUAGUGGGUGUUGUUAGUGUGUAUUUUUUGUGUUUCAUUGAUGAUAAUGACGUCACAGGAUGGCACGCGCUCCAGGCACACGCAGGACUCAGGGCUCAGCCUCACUUUACUCUGUUAUACUGACACAAACCCCACAGACGCUCAGGACACUGUGUGUGACAGUAAUCACACCUUGAAUCAGGAUGAAUCUACUGAUCAAACCUCCACAGAGUCUCUGGAUUCUGUCUGUAACGCUGGAGAACAGCAGAUCCUGAACACCAGACCACUGAACAUGUGUUCUGUCACACUGAUGGACUGCAGGAAACUGAUGGAGAUGGAAACACAAACCACAGUAAAGGAAGAACAGACUGAUGAAGAUGAGAAUCAUGAUGAUUUUGUUCCUUCAGUCAAACUGGAGAACAUCAGGAAGCUGGAGAUAAACACAGAACCCAAAUCAGAUGAAGAAAAGACUUGUGAAGACAGCGGGAACAUGAUAGACAUAGAACCUACAGGAGAGGAACUUUACACAGAGGAAGAUGACAAUCAUGAUGAUGAUGAUGAUGAUGAUGAUGAUGGCGACUAUGAUGAUUAUGAUUUUAUUCCUCCAGAUGAGAGCGGUGAUUCAUGGUGUGAUGGAGAAACAGCCUCUACAUCCAAACAGCGACUGACAUCACAAACUCUUCAAAUGAAGACACAAAAUGAAGAAAAGUCUUUCUACUGCAGUGAAUGUGGCAAUUAUUUCCGCAGCAAAGGAUAUCUAGAAAUUCAUCAGAGAAUUCACACUGGAGAAAAACCAUACGCGUGUCCUCACUGUGAGAAGAGAUUCAGUCAAAAACCUCAUCUGACGAAACACGUGCGUUUACACACAGAUGAGAGACCAUUUGAGUGCAGUGAAUGUGGAAAAACCCUUAAGAGUUCAGAUGCUUUAAAGUCACACCAAAGAUCACACUCUAAUGAGAAACUCUAUCAGUGUUCACACUGUGAUAAACGCUUCCUUAAAAAAUCUCAUCAGGUAUGUCACGAGAGAAUUCACACUGGAGUGAAACCUUAUCACUGCUCUCACUGUGGAAAGAGCUUUUCUGAUCAUAGUUCUUACAAACAUCAUGUGAGAACUCACACUGGAGAAAAACCUCAUGAGUGCAGACUUUGUGGGAAGACUUUUAGUCGUCAAAACAUUUUAACAAAACACCAGAGAAUUCAUACAGGUGAAAAACCUUAUAAAUGUUCUCAGUGUGACAAGACGUUUGCUCGACAAGAUGUCCUGAAAAUCCAUGAGAGAGUUCACACUGGAGAGAAACCUUAUCACUGCUCCAUCUGUGGAAAGAGCUUCUCUAAGUUAGGAAAUCUUCAGACUCACCAGAAGAAACAUGCUGAAGAACAAACUGCACGGGAAUCAUCAUAGUGGCAUAUUUUUUGUAUUUUUUAAUCAGCCGCUGUAAUCAGGGAUAAUUGUACCCUAUAAAUUCAAUAGUAAAUUCCUUUGUGAAAUGAAUUGUUUGCAGUCUGUGGAUUGAAUCGUCAGUUUGAAUGGGUCAGUUAGGAUCUUAAGGCCGGUUCAGAUAGCGGAGAUGCGGGAAGCAGAACCAAUACUCCACAAACCAAGUUUUCAUAUCAGCGACGAAACGAAUGUUCGCUUUCUUCUAUUUGAUGCCAGCACGGUAAAUAGUGCUGAUGUGGAAUACGGCAAAGCACUCUUUGAAUCCUUCUCCACCAGCAGAACAUCCCGGUGCUUCUGUAUUAUGAAAGGUGAAUCAUGUCAUUGCAACUAAAGCCAUAUCUCCUUCAUCCGUACUCUGGACGACGUCUACCCAGGGACAUACUACAGGUCUAUAAUUUACCUUAUUAGCAGAUGCGGCUCCAGACACUUUUGAUUGGGGGGGCAAUGAGGGGUCCUGGUCAUUUCAAGGGGGUCUCAUGAAAACCAAAAAAAAAAUACAGUGGACAUGGCUAAAAACUGCAUAUUACUGCUACUAAACAAAUAAAACCAGAUCCAUGCACACUGUGAAAAAAAUGACGACAGGCAAAACAAAAAGCUGCGUCUUUUGACAGAAUAUUUAAGACACUGGUACUGUUUGAACCACGAGUAACUAAAACCCCUGGAUGUUAGCUGCCCCUGCGAUCCAAAAGAACGACACGGUUAUGAUUUUAAUUUAGGCUGUCUUGGUUUCUUUUCUGGGCCAUGGCUUAAAUCCCCCGUUAAAUCCUUUCCAUUUCAAAUAACGUAUGUGCAACAUUAAAUGCAAAAUGAAAAUAAAAAUUCAAUUAUAUCAAUUACUUUUUACUCCAAUUCCUCGGUGUCCUCUAUUUCUGAUUCUAGGAUCAAGCAGGGCUCGCCCUCCACUGCAACUGGUAUAUUUUCAGUCCUUUUUCUGUCUGCUGUCAAUUUGUUUUUAGGUAUGACGAAGCGAUCCAUUUUUAGCAUAAAGAUAUAAAGUGCGAUGCAGCACUUGCGGGCUCGCGGCAGCGCCUUGAACGCAACGACGCAAGGCGCAGCGGCAGCAACGUUCAUGGGGUGUCGCAGUGAUUCUUUUGUUUAUAUUUUUUUAUAUGUCGAAUACAUUAUCAAAUAUUAUUGUUCUGCGUAGUUUGAAGAGGACCAUUGUUAAAUCAUUAUCCCGGAUAUAUAUUUUAAUAUAUAUUAAAUAUUUUUAAUCACAGAGGCGGUGGGGGGUCAAAUGGGGGGUCAAGGCGUUUUUUGGGCGGGUCUUGAGGUCCCCCAAGACCCCCCUGGCGCUGCCGGUGCUUAUUAGUAAGUUUAUUGAUUUUUUAAUUAGCCUUGUUGUGCAAGCACUGUUGAGCUUGUGAAGAGGCAGCAGCUUUUGCCAGAGGGGAACUGGAAUCCCCUGGUUGGGCCUGGGUUCUCUUGAGGGUUUUUUUUCUCGAUUGGAGUUUUAGGUUCCUCGCCACCGUUUGCAUAUUUUUUUGCACUAUUUGCCUGGCCGGGGGGCAGAAUUUAGAAGUUAGACAUAAUUAGGAUUGCAUAUAAGAAUUUAUAGUCUGGUUAAUAUUUGACCUGUGGUUCUCUCUCCUUUAUCGCCAAUGUGUGCUUUCACUGUGCGUGUGUGUGCGUGUGUGUUUUUUUGUGUGUGUGUGUGUGUUCGUCUAUGUCAAUGUGUGUAAGUAUGUAUUCAUAUUGUGUGUGUGGAGCAUUUGUAUAUCUGUCUUUUGUGUUUUCACCUUUUUCUUGUUUUUACCUUUAGUUGUUUUACUUGUAUUCAAUGUGCCUUGUGUACAGCUGCUUUGUAACAAUGAAAAUUGUAAAAAGCGCUAUAUAAAUAAAGUUGAGUUGAGUUAUCCCGAGCACGCCACAUAUCUGAAAACUGCCAUCCUCAUCCAACGUUUUUUCAGCGGCGUUUACGAGCCUGUUCUAUGGUUAUGGAUUCUGUUGUGAAAGCAGCUUGUAUCUUGUACUAUUAUCUGAGACCGUCUGAUCACAACUCACAAUAUGACCUUCUCGAAGAAGACAGUAGUGAUUGCACAGCCAUAGAACCUCUACGCAACCACUGAGGCACAUAACCUCAAAGAUAUAUACAAAUUUUAUCUCAACUCACCUUCUGGGAUAGUUGAUUGGCAUUAUGACCAAGUGCACAAUGGUCUGGGGGUUGAUCAGUUACCAAAUGGUUUUAUGCAUUUGCAUUGGAGCUGUACUACUUAGACAGUUGUGAUAUAUGUGUACACUUGACUUGAUGUUUGUUUACAUGUGCCUUUACU